AUGCGAUCUAGGGUUCUGGGGCCAACGAAGAUUGUGGCACCACAUACCCAUUGUCUCAAGUGGAAGUCUCAUUUAGCUGAUGUCUCGUCUUUAACCGAAGCUAAACUAGACAUUAUAUUUUGCUAUGAUGAAACAAUAUUCUUUAAGGAUGAUUUUUUUCAAGUCAUGGUGCUACAGAUGCUAGAAAAGUUGCAUAACGCAGAAAAACUUAUUUUUGGGACAUACUUUCUUCAUAUUUUAUCUCUUGGCGGGAUUCGUGGUCUUACUUUUCCGACGUUGAAGGUUAAAGCUUUGACUCUUGUGACAUCAAUCUCUCAGUAUGUUAUUCCAAGUCCAGAAAAGAUUUUGAAAAACUCACCAGAUUUGAAGAAACUAACAUACAUACAUGUCAUUACAACGUUAACAGAGUAUGAGGAGUAUUUUGACGAUUAUGUGGAUUUGCAAGGCUUGAAUGCGGAUCAGUGCUGGAGAUCAAAAGAUGGAGUCGCUUGGAACAAGUACCACUGUAAUCUAGAGCCAAAGCAUGUGGCUUCAUUCAUGGAACUUCAGCUUAAAAACACAAAAGACUUGGAAGGACGUUACCUCGAGUUUAAGGAGCUGGUUCGAACACUCUCUCACAACAGCAGUGUAUCUAUUCUGCUCUGA